UCGCAAACGAAACUCCUUUCCGUUCUUCGUGAACAGAAAGCCUGCUGGCGCUGGUAUGAUGGACCGCAUUGAGUGCUCUGUACUCUGUAUGUGGGAAUGACUCGUGGUUUCUCUUCACGCACAUUUUUUUCAUCUACCAGGUCUUAGGGUUGCUGUCGCUUCCAGGAGCAAGGUCAGGUAAAGCAAGGGCUACGCGCGCAUUCGAACACACAAAUGAGGUAUGCUACGAUUUCCAUGGCCCGCUGGAUCCCCCAGUAUAUGGCCUCCCCCCCCUUAAGGAUGGAACACUACAGGGUAUGUUUUCGUUGGCGGUUAUGGACUGACCAGCACCUGGACAUUUCACCGUGUUCCGGCCAUACGUGUACCCCUCAAAUGUUUUCAUGCGCGCUCAAGACGUCCUCAUCUUGCCUGAUCUCUAGCUUGGAUGUUGCCUUCGGUCUGUCCUCUCGCAGGUAGGCUGAAGGUGUGACCCUGGGACGGACGUUACUUCGGACGUCGGAUGCCUGCUUGUAUCGUUCGUUUCCGUACUUUGGCUUCCCUUGUGAACAUUGUUGGUAGUGCUUGUGUCGCACUCGGUAUUGUCGUUAUUGACGAAAUCUCUCAUGUUAUUUGCAUGUCAUUCGCUCCUUGGCUUCGUCUUCUCUUCCUUGAUAUCUGCUGUACCGUGGUCUACUACGCGCAGAUAUCAAGGAUGUUGGCUACACUAUCAACUAUGACUUCCCCUACAACUGCAAAGAUUCCACCCAUCGUAUCGGUCGUACAGGGAUCUGUCAUACGUGCCGGCUUGAAGGGCACUUCCUUCACCUACUUUACUACGGACAAGGCAAAGUCUGCGCGCGAUCUCUUGGCUAUUUUCAAGGAAGCGAAGGCUGAGGACCCUCCCCAGCUCGAGGAGAUGAGUGUGUUUGGUGGCAGUGGCGGACGAAGCCGUUACGGCGGUGGACGCGGUGGUGGACAGGGUGGCGGCUACGGUGGAGGCGGGGGAUGCGGAUACAGUGGUGGAGGAGGCAGAGGUUAUGGGGGCAGAGGUAGAGGCGGAGGUGGAGGUGGAGGCGGCUACGGAGGACACGAUUGUUGGUGA